CUUUCCCAUGUGAUACAAAAAUUUGGAUGUUUUACUUUUAAAUUGCCAAACAACAAAAGAAUGCUUUCCGGCAAAGCAGCCUUGAGCACCGGCACCACCAUCAUGGCCGUAGAGUUCGACGGCGGAGUCGUGAUCGGCGCCGACUCGCGCACCAGUGCCGGCGGCCUUGUGGUUAACCGCGUCACUGACAAGCUCACCCGCAUCACGGACAAGAUCUACUGCUGCCGUAGCGGAACCGCCGCCGACACUCAGGCCAUAGCCGACCUUGUGGCCAGCAAAUUGGAGUAUCUUGGUUGCACCGGCACCGGCAACUCAGUGGAGGUCUAUAGGGCCGCCUGUGAGCUCCGAAACUGCUGUUAUAAGAACCGUCAGACCAUGAGUGCGGCGAUCAUUGUAGGAGGCUGGGAUGAAAAGUGCGGCGGCCAAGUGUACAAUAUUCCGCUAGGCGGGAUGAUGAUCCGCUUGCCUUAUGCCAUAGGUGGCUCCGGGGCGAACUAUCUCAAAGGAUAUGUAAAGGACCGUUAUAAGCCCGGCAUGAACUUGAAGCAGUGCAUCAAGUUAGUCAAGACAGGUGUCGAGAUAGGCAUUCGAUUUGACACCAGCUCGGGGGGAGUGGUGCGCAUUGGUGUCAUCGAUAAGAAUGGCAUCAAGCGACACGUAUUUUACAAUACAGAUUGUGAUGAAUCCGAGGAUUCCAGCUUUCUUAGCUUUGCCUCCUCUAUUUGAGUGUUUUACUUAUUAUAUUAUGCUUUUUGUGAAAUGUUAAUAUUACUACUGCUUCAAAAUGUUUAA